GUGUAAAGACAACAAGCUCAGUGUGCGCCUGGCAGCCAGCAGCCCUGUUGCUCAAAAGUCAGUUUGGAUUUUGCCAUCACCACAGCAGCCUAAUUUGCAAUUAAUGGCGAACACUGCGAGUAAGAUCAAAACCUCUCCCAAUUGCCUCCUCUCUGUGAGAGUCAUACGAGCCAGGAACAUCACCUCAACUGACUUCUUGACUGCAUCUGAUUGCUAUGUGAGCUUGUGGCUGCCAACGGCUUCAAAUAAAAAGGUCAAGACCAAAACUAUCAAGAAUGAUGAUGACCCUGUCUGGAAUGAGACAUUUUACUUCAGGAUCCAGAAUGAGGUCAAGAAUAUCCUAGAAUUGACAGUCUAUGAUGAUGAUUCAUUUACCAAGGAGGAUGAACAAUUCACUGUGCUGUUUGAUGUUGCUAAAAUCAGGCCUGGAGAGGUAGUCCAUGAGGUAUUCUCUUUGAACUCAGAGAAACAAGAGUCUCUGGAAGUAGAAUUCAAGAUGGAGAAAAUUCCCGGUCCUCCUGAGAAACUAGUAACUAACAAUGUCCUUGUGUCACGGGAAGUUUGCUGCUUAGAAGUUCAGGUGGACAAGGAGGAGAAUAAAAAAUAUUUAAAAGAGAAUAAAAAUGUUGUGCUUAUGGUGGAUGCAUCAUAUGAAGGAACACAGAAAACCACUGUGAACUUGAAUACUUUCCGCUUUCACUGCAUAAAGAGUUGGGACCCAAUACUAAAAGUCCAGCUGCAGUGUGUUUUGGAGAAGGAAGACCAUUCAAAUGACUCCUUAAUAGUUCCCCUGAAAUUACUUGCUAUGGGAGAGAAAGUGAAAGUAGAGCUUCCUGUAGGAAAGGGUACAAAGUUGAAGCUGCAGCUCCAAGUAAAUGAUUGCCCAGAACAACUAGAUGUGCGUUUAGGGUAUAAUCUGUGUGCAGAGGAGCAAGAUUUCUUGCAGAAAAGGAAGAAGGUAGUUGCAAGUGCCCUGGAAAAGAUUCUUCAGUUGAAGAGAAAUCUGCAAGAGCAUGAGAUCCCAGUGAUAGCUGUCAUGGCAACAGGAGGCAGUGUCAGGGCAAUGUCAGCAAUGUAUGGCCACCUCUUAGGUCUCCAGAAGCUGAAUCUCUUGGACUGCGCUACAUAUCUCACUGGUACUUCUGGCUCAACAUGGACCAUGACCAACUUGUACAAAAACACUGACUGGUCACAGAAAACUCUGGAAGGUCCAAUCAAUCUAGCAAAGAAACAGGUGAUGAAAUGUAAGACAAAUGCUAUUUCCAUGGAGCAUUUGAAGUAUUAUCACAAGCAGUUGAUUGAGAGGGCAAAAGAAGGAUACAUUUCAUCUUUUACAGAGCUGUGGUCACUUGUUCAGGAAGCGUUUUUACAUGAUGAGCCAGAGGCGACUAAACUCUCAGACCAGCAGAAGGCUGUGGACCAAGGUCAGAACCCCUUGCCUAUCUAUGCAAUCCUCAAUGUCAAAACGGAACAGAUCGACACUUUUAAAUUUAGAGAAUGGGUGGAGUUCUCACCUUACGAGGUGGGAUUCCAGAAAUACGGAGCCUUCAUUCGAUCAGAAAAUUUUGACAGUGAGUUCUUCAUGGGAAGGUUGGUGAAGAAGCUCCCAGAAUCUCGGAUCUGCUUUCUGGAAGGUAUUUGGACUAAUAUUUUUACUCGGAAUUUGCUGGAUAGCUUAUAUUGGUCCUCAAAUCCAGAUGAAUUCUGGGAUCGCUGGGCCAAAGACAUGGUAGAGAUGGCUAGAAAAGAUAAUGCUUCUGAUGACUUUUCUAUUGCCAUUGAGUCUCCAACUUCCACAUCAGGGAAACUUUGUGAAAUCUUUAAUGACAUGCUGACCACCCGUCCGCUCUUGGACAAGACUCAUAACUUCCUGAGAGGCCUAGCAUUUCACAAGGACUAUUUCCAGCACAGAGGGUUUCUUGAAUGGAAAGACUCCGUGCUGGACUCUUCCCCUUACAAACUAACUCCACGGGAGAAACAGCUCUGCUUAAUAGAUGUUGGCUAUUUCGUUAACUCUAGUUGCCCACCGCUGUUCAAGCCAGAGAGGAAUGUGGAUAUCAUCAUCUCACUGGAUUACUCAAUGGGUAAUAGGUUCCAGCAAUUAGAAAUCACAUACAGAUAUUGUAAAACAAUCGGCAUCCCGUUCCCUAAAAUUGAGCUGAGUGAGGAAGACAAGAAGAAUCCCAAGGAAUGUUACGUGUUUUCAGAAGCAGAGAACCCCAGAGCUCCCAUAGUGCUCCACUUCCCAUUGGUGAACAACACUUUCAGGGACUACAAGGAACCUGGGGUGAAGCGCAGUCCCUCAGAGAUGAAGGAUGGUGAUGUAAAUUUGGACAACAGCGACUCACCCUAUUAUUUUACAAAGCUGAUGUAUUCUGCGGAAGACUUUGACAAACUGGUGAAUCUGAGCAGCUACAACAUCCUCAAUAAUAAAGACUUGAUUCUACAGUCCAUCCAGAGGGCUAUGGCAUGGAGGAGAACUAGCACGAGGGGAGGUUUACCCACGGGUUCUGACGUUGAAUCUGCCUAGGCAGUAUGUCCUCAUCAUCUAUCAGCUGUAGAUGGUCUGUCAAUAUCUUAUCGGAGGCACUGCUGAUUGCCUUAUACACAGUAUGAAGUGAUGCUGCAUCUCUGUGUUGCUUAUCAUGUCCAUUUCAAAGAUCUUAGUGUUCAAAAGUUGUAUUAAAAAAAUCCAGUUUUUUGGCAUACCAGGCUCAGGCUGUGUUCUUACAAGCUAUGAGAGUACAACCUGGUUAGUAGGACACCUCCCAGGAAAUCCCAAGCACUGAAGGAAAUAGUCUUGGCAGGGCAGUAAGUUACACUCUGGU